ACAGAAAGCUUUGUCUUGAAUUUCAUUGCUAGAAGAGGAAGAAACUAAGCAAAGGGCAUUGCAAGUAAUGGCUCCUACCUUUAAAAAUUGCAUCCUCAUUUGCUGUUCUGCCAAAGUUUCGGAAGACAUGGCGCAAGAGUCCUACGAGGAAGCAAUCGCCGGACUUUCAAAGCUUCUCAGUGAGAAAGCUGAUCUUCAGGAUGCUGCCGCCGCAAAGAUCCGGCAAAUAACCGCUGAAUUAGCCGGAAGCAGCGCGUGUUCAAAUGGAUUCGACCCGGUUGAUAGAAUCAAAACCGGGUUCACCCAUUUCAAGAAAUCCAAAUUCGAGACAAAUCCAGAGUUGUAUGGUGCACUGGCGAAAGGGCAAAGCCCAAAGUUUUUGGUGUUUGCGUGUUCGGAUUCCCGAGUUUGCCCUUCGCACAUAUUGAACUUUCAACCUGGGGAGGCCUUUAUGGUUCGUAAUAUUGCCAACAUGGUUCCACCAUUUGACAAGACAAAAUAUUCAGGGGCUGGGGCUGCAAUCGAAUAUGCAAUAUUGCAUCUUAAGGUGGAGAAUAUAGUGGUGAUUGGACAUAGUUGCUGUGGUGGCAUUAAGGGUCUCAUGUCCAUUCCUGAUGAUGGGGCCAUUUCCAGUGAUUUCAUUGAGAAUUGGGUGAAAAUUUGCACACCUGCCAAAAACAAGACCCAAUCAGAUUGCACAGAUUUGAGUUUUGAGGACAAAUGCACAAACUGCGAAAAGGAGGCUGUGAAUGUUUCACUUGGAAACUUACUGUCAUAUCCUUUUGUAAGAGAAGCUGUGGUCAACAAGCGACUGUUCAUAAGGGGUGCACAUUACAACUUUGUGUCUGGAGCUUUUGAGCUUUGGAAUCUUGACUUUAAUAUUUCACCUUCUCUAGCUGUUUGAAAGUACACCAUACAAUACCUCAUCACCGACGACAAUAAUCAAACUCGGCCGAUUGGUUAUUUUUGAGUUUCCUUCCCUUUCUUCUGCUAUAUACUGUAUUCUGCUACUGUAAUUUGAUCUGAGGCUCUCAUGAAGAAGCACUUAUUUAUACUUGCAAGGAUGAACUGCUUUACUUGUAUCUUCCCCUCCAAUAAGAGUUUUUGUUUUCUUUUUUCUUUCACUUCUCUUGUACUGUUGGAAAUGUUUCCUGUAAUUCCCAUCACUUUUGUAAUGUUAUAAAUAAUAAGUAUAAUGAAAUGUCUUGCUUCAUUCUCUUUUGGAAGCA